GUGAACAAGUCAGUCACAAGCUAGUCACAAAAUGACUGUGGCUUAAUAUGGGGUCAAACUCCCGACUGCUGGUAAUCAGAAAGCUGMUAUUUCGUUAUCAUAUCAGCUUCAAUGCUGCUGAUUCAACUCGUCCGUUCAUCCGAAUAAUGAACUUAUUUUUACACUCUAAGAUUAGAUUUCUUCAAGUAACUGCAGUCAAUGUCAAGUUUAUUGUAAWAUCAAUAAUGGCUCGUGGAUUGCAUGCUGGUAUGUACAGUUGUUUUGUUCUCUUCCUGCUAGUUCAAUCUUCAGACGAAGCGGUUCGAUUCACGAAGCAUCCUGUAAGCAAAUUAUAUGUCCUUAAAGGCCAUACUGCUAAGUUUACAUGGKACUACCAUGUUGACAAUAUUAACAAAGAGUUCGAUUUACAAUCACCAAGAUGGUAUUACCAGACCGACCGCUUUUUCAUUGGUUAUGGUGACGCAUUUGAUGGACGUAGAUUUAAGAUCAACUCAAACACUUGUCCAGCUCGAUUACGAACACCUACAGUACGAGUGAGUGUGSAGGGUAAWGCUACUUUGGUCAUCACDAAUGURACWYUGGCUGAUUCUGGUACAUAUGUAUGCAGACUGUUUUUAUCCAGUGGUCGUUUAAGUUCAAUGCCAACAAGUAAAACUCAACUGAUUGUUGAAGUGGCUCGAUUCACCAACGUUCCUGCUAACAAACUGUACGUAGUGAAAGGUAAAACUGUUAAGUUUACAUGGGACUACCAGGCUGAGAAUAUCAACACAGAGUUCGAUUCACAAUCACCAAGAUGGUACUUCCAUAACUACAGUUAUAUGAUUGGAUAUGCCGACGCAUAUGAUGGACGUAGAUUUAAGAUCGGUCACACCUGUCCAGCUCGUUUACGAACACCUACAGUACGAGUGAGUUUGGAGGAUAAAGCUACUUUGGUCAUCAAAAAUGUAGCCCUGACUGAUUCUGGUACAUAUGAAUGUCUCCUGUUCUUACUCUCUGGUUCUUUACAUUCGAUGCCAACAAGUCAAGUAGAACUGAUCGUUACAGGUAAAUAA